GACAGCGGUUAAAUUAGAUGGGAGACGAGGAGGGUCUAACUUCAUCUUAAAAGCGAAGGAUAGCGUUGCAAGCAAGUCGCUUCGUAAUUUUCAGUAGAAAACUUAAAUUGCAUGCGUUUAAAUUCGUGGUUGUAACUCAGCUUUCAACGACACUGUGGAACUAGUUCGGUUGGCGGAUUUGGUUUUGGACCGUCAGGUUUGAGGAAAGAGGCUCUUCAGGAGGUUUACCUGACGUUGGGAAUAGCAUCUGAUCUGGCGAUGGGUGAGCAGGAGAAUCCACUGGACAGAGACCACUGUCUGUCUGUGGUUCUGCCAGGGGGGAUGGAGAAAAACGCCACAGUGCAUGGAAGUAAACCAGUGAUGGACUUACUGGUGACCCUCUGUGCGAGUUACCAUCUGAAUCCGUCUGACUACACUGUUGAGUUUCUCUCGCCUAACAAGAACAACAUCAGCUUCAAACCCAACUCUCCUAUUGGCUCCCUGGAAGCGGAGACAAUUGUGCUGAAGCCCAGAGGGGUGGAGGAAAAGAUCAGGAAGCCAUACGUGCCUGAGGCAUCAGUUCGUCUGUUGAUAAACUACAAUAAGUCCCAUAAGACGGUGGUGCGAGUCAAUCCAAAAGUGGCCCUUGAGAUACUGCUGCCAGUGGUGUGUGACAAGUGUGAGUUUCAAGUGGAGACCACCAUAUUACUGAAAGACUCUUAUUCUGAAGAGCCUCUGGACCUGAGCAAGACCUUAAAUGAGCACGGACUGAGGGAAGUGUUUGCCAAAGACACAGCCGCUAAGGAGCCUGAGCCCCAAGAAGCAGGUACGUUAGAGCAGAGGUUCUCAAUUGUUUUUCAGCCAAGGACCCCUUACAAGAUAGAGAAUACACCAAGGACCCCCUCAUUCUGAUUUGUGAUUUUGGGCUAUAUAAAUAAAAAUUGACUUGACUUGA